AGAUCCUACAGUAGUACUAGAUGAUACUUUACACAGAAUGGUCGACUAUAAGUUUAAUUAGAAAAGUGUAAAAUUUUAAAUUUUCAUGAUGAUAAAUCAUUAUUUACUGUGAAUGAUUUAAAAUUAAUUAAUUUUUGUGUAUAAAAACACAAUUGAAUUUUCCAACAAUUCAAUGGAAUAUAAAAUAAAAGAAAAAGAUGCUCUAUUUUCUACCAGUGAAAAAUCACAUUUAAAACAGUGAAUAUUAAAAUUCAUUGUUGUGACCAAUUUUCUAUGUAUUAGUAUUUAUUUUGAUGUUAAUUUUUUAAUUUUAAAGUGAAAGAGUAAGUGUUUUUUUUUAAUUAAAUAAAUUAUUUUCUUAAUUUGUCAUUUCUAGUUGAAAUCUUAAAAAAUUACAAUGCCAUCGAGUAUAAAUCAAGAACAGGCAUUAACGGUUGAUGAACAUUUUAAACAAUUACUGGAGGAUGACACUUCCUUAGAUCUUAAUCAACGGAAAGUGACAUACAAUGAUUUGCCUAAUUGGUUCGAUGCCGAUUUGUUUAAAAAAGCUCAAGAAAAUUAUAAAACUAAUUUUUUUGGAUAUACAUAUAUGGCUUUAAUGGGAUUAAUAGACGUCUUAUCAAUACCAUCUAUCUUAAAGGUGUUAGUAUUUACUAAACAGAGUGGAACUCCAUGUGAUGCAUUUAGAAGAUAUGCAAUGACUAUUCUACACACUCAUUAUAUUUAUACUUCAGACAUCAGUGAUCCAAAAUCAAAGUUUUUCAAAUCUCUUAGUACAAUUCGAUGGAAACAUUGUAGAGCCAGUAAAUUGUGUAAAGACUCAAAUUUUGAUGAAAUAAAAAAUAGAGAUUUAGCUUUAACACAAUUUGGAUUUUUUGGUUACGGUAUAUUGAAAUCAAAAGAAUUUGGGCUUAGUGAUGAUUCCAAUGCUCACGAAGCAUUAAUUCAUUUUUGGAGAGUUAUUGGACAUUUAAUUGGCAUUCCUGACAGGUUAAAUAUUUGUCGAAAAAAUGCCACGGAAACAAUAGAACUUGGUAGAAAAAUAAUGAAUGAAGUCAUGACGACAAAUGUUAAAGAAAAUCAUUCAUAUUUUCGUGAAAUGACAAUUAUUAUGUUAUCUGGAGUUUCAUGUAUAAACGUUUUACUUGAUAAUGAAGCAAUAUUAUAUUUUUUCUAUAAAUUGCACAAUCUUGAAUAUGACAAAAAAUUGAGCCUCUAUAGUUGGUUAAAUUUAAAAUAUCAUAACAUUGUGUUCAUUACUUUUAAUUUACCAAUUAUUGGCGUUUUUGUGAAAUCGAUCUACAAUAUUGUGAUGCUUAUAAUCUUCUGGAUUCUAAACCGAUAUCCCUUAAUUGCUUGGUAUAGAUUUGGAAAAAUUAAAUCUCGAUUUCAACUUCAUCCACAUAUUCAACUACACUAAACAAAAAUGUAAAAUUUAAUUUUCACAUUUUCUUUUUAUUUAUUUAAUUAAUAUAAAUGGGUUUAGAAUUAUCCUUUAAUUAUAUACUAUAUAUUAUAUGGAGAAAAAAUAUUUUAUAGAAAUGACAACAAUGCGUACCUGAUCUACAUAUAUUUAUAUAAACAAAUAUAUUGUUAUACGUGUUUUUUAUUUUAGAAUAGAAUUUUUUGUUAUUAUCAUGAUUAGAAAUUUAAUUGUAUGGUAAAUAUAUAUGUAUAGCAAUCUUUUUAUUAUUACAUAUUAUUAUUAUCAUUAUUACUGUUAUUAAAAUGAUUUAUUAAUAUCAUUAUUAUAGUAAUUAUAUUAUUAUUUUUAUUUCUAUUAUAAUUAUUAUUAUUAACAUUUAAAUAUGUAUUUAAUUAAAGAUAUGUAAAUGUAUAUAAAUAAUUUCAAUUGGAAAUGGUUCUGAUCCCGACUAACUUGUUUCGAAGUUGGUACAAAAAUUCUUUGUCAGAUCGAGCCAUCUGCUCAAAUUGAAAAUAAAAUAUUUAUAUACACCAUUCACUUUCUUUAAUAAAUAAAUAAACUUUAAUAUAAAUAUUGGCGUGAUUAAUAAAAAACGUUUUUUAUCAUGC